AUGGCUUUAUUGGACAUGAAAACGGACUCGUCAUCUUUCCCAAGUUCUUCUUCAGCUGCUGCCCGAUGGAAUUAUGACGUCUUUCUCAGUUUCAGAGGCGAGGACACCCGCUACAAUUUUGUGGGUCAUCUUUACGAAGCUUUGAUACAAAAAGGCAUUCACACUUUUAAAGACGAUAAAAACCUUGACAGAGGAAAACCCAUCUCACCAGAGCUGUUGAAAGCAAUAGGGGAGUCGAGAUUUGCUAUCGUCAUUAUCUCAAAAGACUACGCAUCUUCAGCUUGGUGCUUAGAUGAACUUGCACACAUCAUUCACUGCAAGAAAGAGAUGGGAAUGACAACUCUGCCUGUUUUUCACCAUGUGGAUCCAUCCGAUAUACGGAAACAACUGGGAACUUUUGAGCAGGCAUUUAUUGAACAUGAAAAAAAGGAGAACAAAGAGAGGGUGGAGAAAUGGAGAGAUGCUUUGAGAGAAGUGGGCAGCCUGAGCGGAUGGCAUUUAAAGGAAUAUUGCUCUGAGAUAGAAAACAUCAAAGACAUCGUGGGAUGUAUAUCGCUUUGCUUGAAAUAUGAUGAAUUACCAUACAUUGCCAAGGACCUAGUAGGAAUAAACUCUCGAAUGGAGGAAUUUGAGUUGCGUUUAGCUUUAGGGUCAAACGAUGUUCGCUAUAUAGGGAUUUGGGGGAUGGGGAGAAUGGGCAAGACAACUCUUGCUAGAGUUGUUUAUUAUAUGGUUUCUAUUAAAUUUGAAGCUUGUAGUUUUAUUGAGGAUGUUAGGGAAAGAUCUGAAAGAGAUGGUUUAGUUAAACUACAACAGGAUCUUAUUUCUGAUAUUUUGAUGGGAACAGAUUUGAAAAUUAGAGAUAAGUAUGAUGGAGUUAUCAAGAUCAGGAAUAGGUUACGUUGUAAAAGGAUUCUUCUUGUCCUUGAUGAUGUAGAUAAAUUGGACCAGUUGAAAUUCUUAGUUGGGGAGCAUGAUUGGUUUGGUCCGGGCAGUAGAAUUAUCAUAACAACAAGAGAUGAGCAUGUGUUGAAAACACAUGAAGUAAAUGAAAUAUAUGAAGUUGAUGGAUUGAAUGGUGAACAUGCUCUUCAACUAUUUUCAUCAAAAGCCUUUCAAGGCAAACAUGUCCUAGAUGAUUAUUUAGAGCUGUCUAAACAUUUUUUGAAUUAUGCUAGGGGCCUUCCAUUAGCUCUUGAGGUUUUAGGUUCAUUUUUGAAUGGAAAAAGUAUUGCUGAAUGGAAAAGUGCAUUAGAGAGGCUCAAAGAUUUUCCUGAGAGAAUCAUUCUCCAAGCACUUAAAAUAAGUUUCGAUGGACUCCAUGACGCAGAGAAGGAAAUAUUCCUACAUAUUGCAUGCUUCCUUAACCACAAGGGGAAAGAUCAUGUAUUAGAAGUACUGGAUAGUCUUGGCCUUCACCCUGUCAUUGGAUUGAAGGAACUCAUUGAUAAAUCCCUCUUGAAAAUUAUGUAUAAGAAUAUAGUGUGGAUGCAUGAUUUACUAGAAGAAAUGGGGAAGGACAUAGUUCGGAACGAGUGCCUUGAUGAUCCUGGGAAGCGUAGUAGAUUGUGGUGUUAUAAGGACAUUGAAAACGUGUUGAAAAAAAAUAAGGGAAUGAAAGCAGUUCAAGCCAUGCAUAUUUUGAGUAAUUAUGAUGAUGAUGAAGAUGAAGAUGAAGAUGAAGUAAAAGGGACAUGUUGGAGCCCUGAGGCCAUUUCACAAAUGUACAAUCUUAAAUUUCUUGCAAUUGAUGGUAUUUUCCAUGACCCUCAACAUCUUCCAAAUUCUUUAAGAGUUCUUUGUUGGAGGUAUUAUCCUUCAAAUUCUCUACCGUCAACUUUCUAG